GCAAGUUGCAGUUUCAGUGCGCUGCGAGCAACCGGCGGCCUCACACCUUGGGCCAAGCAACACGCAAAUCGAUAAAUCAAAUCGACAGAAAGAUACAAAGCAAGCUGAAGCCAAAGACGUCUCAAGGAGCUCUGUUGCUGAAGACCCUUUUCGCCAAACUUGGUGCGUUUAAGUUUUUGUGGUUCUCACUCACUUCAAAUACAUAAGUGUCAGUGGGUGUGAAUGUGCAAGUGUAAGUGAGUGAGUAUUUGUUGCUCUUACACCGCCACGACAAAAUAUAAGCAAACAAAAUGACCACUGACCUGGAGUCAUCGAAAUUGGAUAAACACAAUGGCCAUCAGCCGCAUCAUAACAACAAUGAGCUGACCGAGAGUGAACCGCUUACUUGGCGCUUCUGGCGCAAACAGCGUUACAUUGUUGUGCUUUUGGCCUUCUUUGGCUUCUUCAAUGUUUACUCGCUGCGUGUGAAUUUGUCAGUGGCCAUUGUGGCCAUGACGGAGAAUCGCACUGUCACCGAUGCCGACGGUAAUGUAUCCUAUGAACAGGACUUUCCCUGGGACUCUAAGCAGAAGGGUUUGAUUCUGAGCUCCUUCUUCUAUGGCUACAUUCUAACGCAGUUCCUUGGUGGUUACAUUGGCACCAAAGUUGGCGGCAAUUAUGUAUUUGGCUUGGGUAUUGGCACCACAGCAAUAUUAACACUGUUAACGCCUUUGGCUGCCAAUCAUAGUCUCGAAAUGUUCUUGGCCGUGCGCAUCAUUGAGGGCGUCUUUGAGGGCGUCACCUUCCCGGGCAUUCAUGCCGUCUGGGCCAGAUGGUCGCCGCCAUUGGAACGCUCUCGCAUGGCAUCGAUUGCGUUCGCCGGCAAUUAUGCUGGCACUGUGAUAGCGAUGCCAUCGUCUGGUAUGCUCGCAUCACGUUAUGGCUGGGCGAGUGUCUUUUAUGUAUUUGGCGCAAUUGGCGUUUUAUGGCUCAUACUUUGGCUGCUAUUUGUGCGUGCCGGGCCCGAGUUGGAUCGCUUCUGUUCGAAGGAGGAAUGCGAGUACAUACAAAAGACGAUUGGUUAUACGGGCACUAGAAAAAUCAAGCAUCCUUGGAAAUCGUUCUUCACCUCAAUGGCUUUCUAUGCGAUUAUUGCAUCACAUUUCUCUGAGAACUGGGGCUUCUACACUCUGCUUACUCAACUGCCCAGUUUCCUUAAGGAUACACUCAACUUUGAUCUGGGCAAAACGGGCUUCAUAUCGGCGGUGCCGUAUUUGGCAAUGGGCAUUUUGUUGGCGGUCUCUGGUUACUUGGCCGAUUGGCUGCAAGUGAAGGGCAUCUGGACAACAACGCAAGUGCGUCGUAACUUCAACUGUGGCGCCUUCUUGGCUCAAACGGUCUUCAUGAUGCUCACCGCGUACAUUAUGGAUCCCACUUGGUCGGUUAUUUUCAUCACAAUUGCCGUGGGUCUCGGUGCAUUUGCUUGGUCUGGAUUCGCUGUCAAUCACUUGGAUAUUGCGCCACAGCACGCCAGUGUGCUGAUGGGCAUUGGCAACACUUUUGCCACAAUACCCGGCAUUGUCAGUCCCCUGCUGACGGGUUACAUUGUGGGCGAUAGCGGAGACCGCGACGAAUGGCGAUUGGUAUUCUUCAUAUCGGCGGGCAUUUAUCUUGUUGGUUGCGUCAUUUACUGGUUCUAUGCAUCGGGCGAGCUGCAGGAGUGGGCCAAGACGCCGGAACAAAAGGCUUUGGAGGCCGAGCAAAAGCAAUUGCAGCUGACACAAAGAGCCGGAUUCGUAAAUACGGCUGCCGACCUAAAGGACUAAAGGAUACACUCGUAUACGGAGACACACACACACAGAUACACACCCAACACACAAUAUACAGGACAAUUGAAAAGUGUUCAAUACAAGCUGCAGUAACUACAGCAAUAACUGUAAAACUGUAAUCUGUGAACUGCUGCAAACUGCAGUUUGCAAGCGCAUCAGUAACAAACAAAUACCAGAGACACAUUUUAGUUUAGUUUAUACUCGUAUACAUUUAACAUAUAUAGUACACACCCACACAUAUCUUUUGUCAGCUGCUGCAAAGUUGCGCCUUAGAAUUUCUUCCUUGUUAUGUGAUGUUAGCAAGUGGAUUUUAUUCAUGUUAGCCCCAUUGACUAUUUUUAGAGUAUUUUUUGCUUGUGCGCUCGCAGUGCAUUCGAGUGCUGUUCCGAAUAAACAAAGUUUUUUUAUUCAAACUGCA